AUGAAUCCUUCACUCGUUGAUGUUCAAGGGAGGCUUCCCCAAGGUUGGAACAGGCAGCCUGAGCCCCCAACCGAAGCAGUGAAACCUUUAAUGAGGAAUCAGUUCAUGAAGCAAUAUGGCCACCCAUCUCCCGUUCUGUCUACUCGGAGCACGAGGACCUCCUCCCCACACAUGCAGACUCGGCAAGGAACUCGUAGGGUCACCAUCGUAGAAUCUCCGGUUGACUUACCUUCUCGUGCCCAGUCUCUUGAUGAUAUUAGUGGGCAGGUGAUGGAGCAGUGGGUGCCACAGCAGAGGUGGGAUCAUGCUUCUGGGAACAAAAUGUCAGCCCCCCAGACUCGUUCUCCCAAGAUGGGAAGUAGUGGAAGUCUGAAGAGCUUAUCAAAUCUGCCUCCAACUCCUGUGUCCAGCUCUCCAAAGGACUUCAUCAAGCGGAUUGGUCAGCCUCUAGCUGGGAUGGCGGAGAUUGCUUCUUCCAUCAAACACUCUCCCAUAGGAAGUACGGGCAACACAGGGAAGGGGAGUACAUAUUCAACAAAGUUUGGUCAAGAUCCAGGGUUGCCACCAGCUUGUUCCCUGCACCCCCAUUCUCACAACCCUCCUUCUCCUGGUUCAUCUCUGAAGCAAGUAGUAGAAGCCAAUCGUUCUCGGUCACCCAGUCUGAAACAGGAAGCCUUGGGAGGCAAUUUGAGCUACCCUGCUGCUGGGAGCAACUCUGGCACCCUGAGGGGGAGGCUCAAUCGCAGUCCUCUGACCCAAAGAUCCCCUCCGUUUCAAGCCAUGGGAAGAGGAAGCGUGGCUUUUCAAGACCAGUUCAACACACCCAGAAGGCCUGCUCGUUCACUCGCUGAGCUGCUUGAAAGUGAAACAGACAAUGGUACGGGGAGAUACGCGGUCGUAAUGCCACAGAUGCAGAGGAUAGGUUCUUCUUUAAGGAGGAAUGCUCAUCUGCAGAAACAACCUUGGUCUGACUAUCAUACCACACACGUCCACGAGAUGCCAAAUAAACGGGCCUCGGAGAAACUCUACCGCCAGCCUCCUGUGGAGGAAUUCAGCCAGGAUUCACCCAAACUGGGAAGCGGUGUGGCGUGGUACCUGACACGUGGGACAAAGUUGGCGGACAGUGGGCCAAAUACAGGUUGGCAGUGUAAGAUGCAGUCGGUCCACACCUUGCAAGCCGGGAGCUUUGCGUUGCCACAGGGAGACAGAGGCGUGGAGGAUAUGACCCAGCUGGAAGAACUCCAUCAAGGGAUAGUCCUUCAAAACAUCAGAAAGAGGUUCGAGCAAGGGCUGAUUUAUACGUACAUAGGCAGCAUCUUAGUAUCGGUGAAUCCCUACAAAAUGUACGACAUCUACGGGACUGACCAGGUGCUGUUGUACGAGGGGAAAGCCCUUGGAGAAAAUCCGCCCCACCUUUUUGCAAUUGUGAACAUCGCCGUCAGCAAGCUGAGAGAUGCCAAACUCAACCAAUGCAUUAUUAUCAGUGGUGAAAGUGGAUCAGGCAAAACCGAAGCCACCAAACUGAUCCUCCGUUACUUGGCCGCGAUCAAUCGCAAGCAUACUGCGACCCAGCAGAUUCUUGAAGCGACUCCUCUACUGGAAUCCUUCGGGAACGCCAAGACUGUGCGGAAUGACAAUUCCAGCAGGUUUGGGAAAUUUGUGGAAAUCUUUCUGGACGACAAGCUCAUCUGUGGUGCCAUAACUUCGCAGUACCUUCUGGAGAAGUCCAGAGUGGUCUUUCAGGCCAAUAAUGAACGGAAUUACCAUAUCUUUUACGAGAUGUUGGCGGGCCUUCCUGGGCAUCAGAAGCGCAAAUUCUUCCUCCAAGAGGCCGAAACAUAUUUUUACCUGAACCAGGGCGGGAACUGUGAGAUUCCUGGUAAAGCAGAUGCAGAAGACUUCCACAGGCUGUUGACGUCCAUGGAGGCCCUUCACUUCAGCCUCGACGACCAGAACAGCAUCUUCCGAAUUCUGUCUUCCAUCCUCCACCUGGGGAAUGUCUAUUUUGAAAAAUAUGAGAUCGAUUACCAGGAGGUGGCUUCUGUAGUGAGCGCCAGGGAGAUCCGGGUUGUGGCCGAGCUCUUGCAGAUCUCCCCCGAAUGCCUGCAGAAGGCGGUUACCUUCAAAGUGACGGAAACCCUGAGGGAGAAGAUCCUCACCCCUCUCACGGUCGAUAGCGCUAUGGAUGCCAGAGAUGCCAUUGCCAAAAUCCUCUACUCCUUGCUCUUCAACUGGAUCACAGAGAGGAUAAACCGGCGCAUCUACCCCAAGCAAAAGGCCCUGUCCAUCGCCAUCUUGGACAUCUAUGGCUUUGAGGAUCUGGGCUUCAACAGUUUUGAGCAACUGUGCAUCAAUUAUGCCAAUGAGUACAUCCAAUUCUUCUUCAACAAGAUCGUUUUCAAGGAAGAACAGGAGGAAUAUAUCCGGGAGCAGAUCGAGUGGAGGGAAAUCCCGUUCAACGACAACCAGCCGUGUAUCGACCUUAUUGCCCAGAAGCCUUACGGGAUCUUGCGGAUCCUGGACGAUCAAAGCAGCUUCCCUCAGGCGACGGACCACACGUUUCUCCAGAAGUGUCACUACCACCAUGGUUCCAACGAGUUGUACUGCAAGCCAAAGAUGCCGCUGCCGGAGUUCACCAUUAAGCAUUACGCUGGCAAAGUCACCUACCAGGUGCACAAGUUUUUGGAUAAAAACUAUGACCAAGUACGUCAAGACGUCCUGGAACUUUUUGUCAACAGUAAGGUCAAAUUGGUAGCGAACCUGUUCUUCAGCCACGCUCAGCUGGUGGCCAGCGACCACAUGAUGGGGAUGAGCAGCUCCAGCAGACGGAAGUACAAGCCCCCCACCAUCGCCUCCAGAUUCCAGCAGUCGCUUUUGGAGCUUGUGGAGAAAAUGGAAAGAUGUAACCCUUUCUUUGUCCGGUGCAUCAAACCCAACAAUAAAAAGAAGCCGGGCCUCUUUGAGGAGGACGUCGUCGGUGCCCAGCUGAAGUACUCGGGGAUUCUGGAGACCAUCCGCAUCCGCAAAGAAGGUUUCCCCGUCCGCAUCCCUUUCAGGAUCUUCACAGAGAGGUACCGCUGCCUUGUUGAUCUCCGUCCUGACUCCUUGCCUGAGGGGGUGUACUGUGUCAAAGUGCUAACCAAACUGUGCCCAGUCACCCGUGACAUGUACUGCAUUGGAGCAACCAAGCUCUUCAUGAAGGAGAGCGUCUACCAGCAACUGGAGAGCCGGCGCGAGCGGAUGGUGCAAAUGGCAGUGCUGACCCUCCAGCGCUACACGCGGGGCUUCUUCAUCAAGAAGCGCUUCUACGCCCUCCGUCACAAGAUUAUUCUCAUCCAGGCCCGGUCCCGCGGGUUCUUGGCCAGGCAAAAAUACUCGCGGCUGAGAGGGACCAUCAUCAAGUUCAUGCUUGUACGCAUCUACGUGAAUCGCAAGAGGUACCUCAAGAGAAAAGCGGAAGAGCGCCGGAAAGCAGAAGAGGAAAAGAAGAAGGCUCAGCAGCAGCGGUUUCAUACCUGUGUCCGCCACCUCGGACAGAAUUCCAAAGGUGCCCGCAAGCCUCAAGAAACUCUCAGCAAGAUCUGCAGUGUGAGUUUCAGCAACCCGACCAGACGCUAUCCGACCAUUGUGCUGAACGGACGGAGGAUCAAGAGUGACUCUCUUUCUCUGCGUCCCCCCCGUCAGGAAAUGUCCCCUCGAGAGGUGAUGAAAGUUUCGACCUUGGAAGUCCCUGCUGAACUGGUCGGUCUUCUCAACACCGUGGCGGGUACGGUCUUAUCGGCCAGGGACUGCAUUGUACCCGUGGCCGCUCCCAAGAUGCAACCAGAUUCCCAGCUCACUCUGCCCCUCAACAUCAACAAUUACCCCAUGUCCAAGUAUGUCCGUACCCAUUUCAAGGAACCGGUUUUUGGGAUGCUCAUCAAGACCUUGGCCUCACCUCUGACCCACUUGGACGACUGGCUGGGGGCAGAAGCGGUGAAUCUCUUCAAGCUGGUUCUCCGCUUUAUGGGUGACCCCCACCUCAACGGCACUCAAGAGAGCCUCUUCGGGAACUACAUUGUGCAGAGGGGGCUGUCGACGACCGGCCUGCGGGACGAGAUCCUGGCCCAGAUCGUCAACCAGGUCUGGCGGAACCCCAACAUCCUCAACGAGGAACGGGGUUGGCUCUUGCUGGCCAUCUGCCUCAGCGCCUUCACACCCUCCCCCAGCCUGGAGAAGCACUUGCUGAAGUUUGUUUCGGACUAUGCCUACGACGGCUACAAACCCGUUUGCCAGCACAAGCUCAUGCAAGCCAUGGAGAAGACCCAACACGGCAUCGAAGCGGCCCGCUCGUAUCCGCCUACCCUGCUGGAGUGGAUGGCCUGCCGCAGCAAAGUCAACAUGGCCUUGGACAUCUACUGUUUCAAUGGAGAUCACUUUUUGUGCCCCAUCAAUUCUUGGACCACAGGAGAAGGCCUGGCUGCGAAUGUAUUGCAACACAGGGGCCUGAUGGGCGGCUGGCAAGGCUGGUCUGUCACGAUGAAGGACGGGACCCAGUGGGCCGAGCUGGCUGGCCACGACUACAUCCUGGACCUGAUCUCCGACCUGGAGCUGAUCAGGGGCUUCCCGAAGCAGAAGUCGUAUUUCAUCAUCGCCUCGGAAGGCCCAGAGAAGACUGUCGGAGGCAAAGUAGUAUUCAGACAUGGUUUGGACUCGGAUGGGGAGGUCCCUCCCCCGCCGCCCACAAAGGCCCCCACCAACCUGCCUGACUCGGAGGGCUAUUGCAGCCACGAUUCAGAUACCUUCAGCGAGUCCCGGAGCCAGAAGGGUUUGGAUCGCUACCUGGAUAGCCUCUUUGGCCCUGUACUCUCCUACGGGAACGGGGACUUAGAGAAGCCGGCGGCCAUUUCCUACCGGAUGAAAGGUGGAGGCGGCGUGGGAGGAGGCCACGGGGACGACAGACAGAGUCGUGGCGGCGGCGGUUCUCCUGAGGUGCCCCAGGUGUUUGGAAAGAGUGAGGGCAAGAUCUCGACACAGAAAACUUACCCCAUCCAACAAGAUGCGCUUCUGGCCCGCCAUAUGUCGCAGCAGGUGGCUGCCCUCCGGAGGCAGCAGGAGCUGCCAGGAUCUUUGGCGGCAACUGGCUCGGCUUUCUCUGGGCCCCCCCAGAGCUCCAGUUUCAGUUCUUCCUCCCAUCGAAGUCCUACCAGGACCCAAAAGACAAGCGGGUGGGGCUCCAGGCCUCCCACAGGCCCAGCUCUCCAGAGGGAAGCUGAGAAAAGGACGGUGGAAGGAAGCACGCAAGCGCCAAGCCUUCUGCGAGACAGGCCUCCCGGUCAGAAAAGAGCCCCCGGCACCGAUCCUGCCUCCAGGAUGCAGGCUGGCGAACUGGUGAGGCACUCCAAGCUGAAUUCGGAGCACAUCCCGGAGCCCACACAGAACAUACGCAACAUCAUCAAACAGUACCAGCAGCCCGCCUGGGUCCAGGAGCCCAUCAGGAGGGAAGGUGGGAAGGUUUUUGUGAAAAAAACAGACCCUCACGAAGAAGCCCUGAUGAUCUUGAAGAAACAGAUGUCAGGAGGAGCACCAGAAGUUACACCGCCAGCUCAGGCCACCCGGGAACCACCAGUCAAGGAGACCAUCACCUUCGUGAAGCCUGUGACCAGUGCCAACAUUAGGACGGUCGCGCCGCCCGCCGUUCGUCCACCGCCUGCCAUCCCCAGAUCAUUUGCAGGCGUCCCCAACAUGGUACCCGAGGGCACUGUGGUGACUACGGACACCUUUCUUGGUGUCCGUCAAGUGUUUUUAGGAAGUACCUUGCUGAUUAGUAAUUCCUUCCCAGCGCCCGUCCUGCGGCAGUUAGGAUCCGAGGAUGAACACGUGCAGACGCAGCUUCAUCACCGGUUCAGCAACGAGUUCUACGCUUACCGCAACGUCUCCUGGAAGAUCUACCUCCGCAAAGAGGUUUUCUACCCCAAGGACACCAUCAAUAACCCUCUCCUUCUGGAUCUCAUUUUCCGGCAGAUCUUCAAUGACACCAUGUCUGAGGCCUGUAUCCGCAUUACCCAGGGGGAGAGGAUGAGGAUGAAAGCUCUCUUUGCGGAAAACAAGCUCGAUUCCUUCAGCCCAGUGGCGGACGAAAGCGUCAAGAAGGAGAUUGUCAACGUUGCCCGGGACGGGUGGGAAGUGUAUUUUUCCCGCCUUUUCCCAGCUACGGGCAGCGUUGGCACUGGCGUGCAGAUCUUGGCGGUGUCCCAUACAGGGAUCAAACUUCUGAGGCUUCUCAAGGGCACCAACUUGCCCGGGGAGCAGUUGCGGGUGCUGAGGGGCUACGGCUACAGUGAUAUCCUCUUCGUCACCAUCCCCUCCAAGAACAUGUUGGAGUUCAACCUCACCAACGAGAAGCUGCUCCUCUUUUCUCCCAAAGCCCCCCAGGUGAAGGCCAUGGUGGACUACUUCAUCAAUGAGCUCAAGAAGGAUUCCCAGUAUGUGGUGGCCAUCAAGAACCACGUUACCAGUGAUAAGAGUCUCUUAAGUUUCCACAAAGGAGACAUCAUCUGCCUUCGGCCAAUGGAAGGCUUGGAGAAAGGUUGGAAAUUUGGGGCCAUCUACGGGAAGUCUGGCGUCUUCCCUGCCGACUGUGUCCAGCCAGCAGCAGCACCAGACUUCAUACACCUACCAAUGGAGAAGAAGGAGGAGCCCCAGGACAAACAAGGCAAAGUGGCCGUCCCGGCCUCUGUGGCAGUGGCCAUUGCAUCAGCAGCUGUGGCUCAGAAACUUGAUAAAAAGAUUGAGGCGAGUACAAUUGACCGUUGGUUUAACCUCCUCCAAAACAUGCAAUGCCUGCUGCUGACGUUCUUGGACAGCAUUCUUCACUUAAACUUGAAAGCAAAGCAGGUCUCUCCUGGCAGCGAAUACACCGAAGACUUUGAGGGGGCCCCUACCGGCAGCCCACCAGGCGGCCCUUACACCAUGCUGGAGUUUGCCAAGAAGUAUUUCCGAGAAGGGCAGAGGGCAAAGAUGGACCCCAGCAAAGUAAAAUCCAAGAAAGGCGUUGAAUCGAAGGGUGUGGAAGAUAUCCUGAAAUUCACCAAGUCCCCUAUCCAAGAGUCGCUCAUUGAAUUCACAGACAGCAGCCUGAACAAAGUUGCAGCAGAGACCUUCCAAGGUGUGAUGAAAUUCAUGGGCGACCUUCCGCUCAAGGGCCAAGCAGAGCUAGACGUGGUCUGCUGUCUUCUGAAGCUUUGCGGAGAAUACGAGGUGAUCAGAGACGAGGUUUAUUGCCAGAUCAUGAAGCAGAUCACGGACAACUCCAGCACCAAGACGGACAGCUGCCAGAAAGGGUGGAGGCUGCUCUACAUCCUGAGUGCUUAUUACAGAUGCUCUGAGGUCCUCAAACCUUACCUUCUGUGGUUCCUCCAGGACGUCUGCAACGAUCCCACUUUGCAUUUUCAAGGCAUCGCCAGGGCCUGUGAACAGAACCUGCGGAAGACCUUCCAGUGGGGCAGGUGUGGAUUCCCCGGUAACAUGGAGCUCAAAGCCAUGGUGGCUGGAAGGAGCUCGAAGCGCCAGCUGGUCCUCUUGCCGGGGGGGAUUGAGAAGCACCUGAAGAUCAAAACGUGUUCGGUUGCCCUAGAUGUGAUCGAGGAGAUCUGCUACGAAAUGGGACUCCAUCGGCCUGAAGCCUUCAAUGAAUAUAUCAUCUUUGCCGUUACCAGUCAAAAUCAGAACGUCCGGCCUUUGAACAAGAAGGAAUACAUCCUCGAUGUGGUCAUGGAAAUGGAACAAGUGGACAGCGACUACAUGUUCUGGUACCGGCGGGUCAUUUGGAGCCAGCCGCUGAAAUUCGACAAUGAGUUGUAUGUAACCAUGCACUACAACCAGGUGCUCCCAGACUACCUCAAAGGGCUCUUCAACACACUCCCGUCCGUGAAACCAACUGAGGAACAGUUGCAGCAGGUCUCCAAACUGGCUGCUCUACAGCACCGGGCCAAAGACAGCGUAUACCUGCCUACCUUACGAGAGGUCCAGGAUUCCAUCCCUCCCCAGCUCUAUCACCUCCUGACGGCCCAGACGUGGCUGGAUGUGGUCUCGCAACACACGCAGCAGACCGUGGCGUUGAGCGCCCACCAAGCUCGGGCGCAGUUCCUGGGUCUGCUGAGUGCCUUCCCCAUGUUUGGCUCAUCCUUCUUCUACGUCCAGAGCUGCAGCAACAACGCCAUCGUCUCCCCGUGCAUCUUGGCCGUGAACCAGAAUGGACUCAACUUCCUGAACAAAGAAACCCACGAACCAAUUGCCAUCUUCUCGCUGAAGGAGAUCCAGUCGACCCGCACCCAGCGCCCCUCGGCUGGAUCCAGCUACCCCUACGUCGAGAUCAUGCUGGGGGACUUGAUGUCGCAAAAAGUUACCCAGUUGCAACUGGAGCAGCUUAACCUUCAGAUGGGCUUGGAACUUUGCCGCGUAAUCGCCACGCACAUGGAGAACUUGCUCCACGCCCGGGAGAAGAGGCUGACGCUGCCGCCGAGCGAGAUCACGCUGUUGUGACAGGGCUCGCUGCCCUCUUCCGUUCCCUCUCUGGAGAGUAGACGAGCGCAGGCGAACCGGUAAUGGAUUA